UUGUGGCUCCAAGCAGGUUGUCUUGCUACCGCCCCUCCCCGCGCACAGUGGGAGCGACGGGGCUGUCUUUUUGGCGACCGCGCCGCAGGUGCGGCGGCCGCGCUUGAGCCAUGCAGGGCGGCUACGGGCAGGGGGGCUACGGCUACGGGCAGCAGGGCUACGGCUACGACCAGCAGGCCGCCUUCCAGCAGCAGCAGCAAUGGCUCGCCCAGCAGCAGCAGAUGGGGCAGAUGGGCGGCUACGGGCAGCAGAUGGGCUACCCAGGACAGCAGUUCGGGCAGCAGCAGUACCAGCAGUUCGGCGGGUACCAGCAGCAACUGCAGCAGCAGCAGCAGCCGCAGCAGCGGGACUUCCCCCAAGGGCAGAAGGGCGGCGGCCAGAAGGGCGGCGCGCCUGGCCAGAAGGGCGGCGGCCGCGGCUUCGGCGCGGCCGACAUCCGCGCUCAGAUGGAGAGCGACCGCGGCGGCAUGCGUGAUGCAGGCGGCAUGCGGGAUGCAGGCGGCAUGCGGGACUCAGGCGGCGGCAAGGGUGGCGCCGGCCGUGGCCAACAGGGCGGCCCAGCAGGCCAGAAGGGUGGCGCCCCGGCGCCCGCGAAGGCAGCCCCAGCCAAGCCGCAGGUGUCGGCAGAGGAGUUGGCCGCCAAGAAGGCCAAGCAAAAGGAGCAGAUGGAGAAGGAGAGGGCGCACGCGGAGGCCAAGAAGCGCGAGCGCAUGGGCCUGCCUCCCCUGGAGUCUGAGGCGCCGCAGGAGAAGGCGGCGGAGCCUCCACCGCCCGAGGAGCCGAAGGCGAAGGAGCCGGAGGCGAAGGCGCCCGAGCCGGCCGCGCAGGCUGAGCCCGAGGAAGAUUGGGAGGCAGAGUCGGCGGAACCUGCACCCGCGACGGCCAAGGCGCCGGUUGCGGAGGAGCCCAAGCCGGAGCCUCCCAAGGAGGCCCCCAAGGAGGCCCCCAAGGAGGAGGCGCCCGCGGACGACUUCGACGAGGAGGACGAGGUUGUCGAGAAGGCCCCCGCCGCGGACGACGGCCAGAAGAAGCCGCUGGCGACCCCGGACCCGCGGCCGCACCUGAACGUGGUCUUCAUCGGCCAUGUCGACGCGGGUAAGUCCACGACCUGCGGCAAUAUUCUGUAUCUCAGCGGCUGUGUCGACGACAGGAUGAUCGAGAAGUACCAAAAGGAGGCGAAGGACAAGAAUCGUGAUAGCUGGUUCCUGGCCUACAUCAUGGACACAAACGAGGAGGAGAAGGCGAAGGGCAAAACAGUCGAGGUCGGAAGAGCACAGUUCCAGACCGCGAAACGCCGCUUCACCAUCCUGGACGCGCCAGGGCACAAGUCCUACGUGCCCAACAUGAUUGCGGGAGCAUCGCAGGCUGACAUCGGCGUUCUGAUCAUCUCCGCGCGGAAAGGCGAGUUCGAGACCGGCUUCGAGAAGGGAGGGCAGACGAAGGA